AUGGACGGGCCGCCGAGCCCGCCGCGCGAGCCGCGGCCUGGCCGCGGCGUCGGCGUCGCCCAGGUGGCUCGCAGGCUGUGCUCCUACGUGGAGUGCCCGAUGGUGGCCGUCAUGGUGAAUCAGGCCAAUGGCUCCCGCGAGCUGCUCACGCCGGCUCAGCGGCGGCGCGCCCAAGCGCUGUCACAGCGGGAGCCACACAACAAGCUCGCCGCAGAGAUAGGCUGCUCCACCGAGGCCGACGGCGGCUGUGUGCAGGUGGUCCUCAGGUCGCUCCAUGGCGGCGAGCGGCUCGCGCUGCGGGUGCACCCCGACACGAGCGCGGGCGCGGUCCGCGCCCGCCUCGCGGACUGCCUCGGCGUCUGGGAGGACUCCGGGCGACUCGAGCCGAAGGCCCACUCCGGGUCCACAUCCUGGGUGCGGGUUGGGCCCUCGGCUCCCGGCUGGGAGGUCACCCUGCACGCAGGGGUGUGGCCCAGCAUGGGCCCGGAGCGGUGCGGAGGUGGCGUGUGGUUUGUCGAGUCGUGCCCAGAGGAGCAGGUGGCCAUCUUGAGCCAGGGCUGCGAGCUGCGCUACGCGGAGCCAGUCCCCGUGCCCAGGGCGUCCAGGAGGACGGCGAGGGCGCGCACACGCGUGGAGUUCACCGCGGUCGUUGACCUGAGCUCUCUCGCCAUGGACGAGCUGGCUCUCGCCCAGGGGUUGAGCCACAUCAGCACCCGGGGCCUUGCCCUGCACGCGGUCUCCACCUUGAAGGACAGACUUGCAAGCUGUUAUAUCAGGGACUGUAUUGCGGACUUUAUAGCGAGCCCGCUGGUCGAGACUGUGGCGGUCGAAAAGACGUACAGGGACACCGCUGCCGCGGACUAUGCCCGGCAGCGCGCGAUUCGGGACUUGGCGCGGCAGGACCUGUUUCGCACAGCGAGCAGGCGGAAGCUGGCAGAAGCAACGAAGGCCAAUGUCCAUCGAGACUCCAGGGUCCAUCCUGGUCCCGAGCGCUCCGUCGUUGGACAGGGCGCCCAGUGGCCAGAGGCCCAGCCGAUGGCGACCGACGUUGGUCUCGCGCUGCAGGACGAGGAGCUGUGGGCGCUCCUUGGGCUCGAAGACGCCCAGCUUUGCACGUUUUUUGAAGACUUGGACGCGGCUCACAAGAUGGUGGACCACCUGCGGUCGACCGCAUCUUUGCCGGUGGUCAUCCACCGUUUGGAUCUGAAGCGGUUCCCCUGUGCCACGGCCGGCGACUGCGGUGGCGUCGGGUCCGACGACUGUCAGUACCCGCAGCAGGAUUGCGAACUGACCUCUUCCGCCUCGGCUGACUGCCUCAGCGUCGUGGACGCCAAAGGAUUGCGGCGGGGCGCCCCGUGCUGCGGCUACGCUCCGCGCGCGACAGCGCGGUGCCUCGUGCAGUGCAUGCGCGAGGACUGGGUGGCCUUGGUGGAGAAAGCGUACGCCAAGGUCCACGGGAGCUACGAGAACAUCUCUUCAGACACCCACGCGGAAGCUUUGGAGGAUAUAUUUGGUACGGGUACCGCCCACGUCGAUGUCGGCGACUUCCCAAUUUGGGGUGAGCUCUGGCAGCACUUGCGGGGCAGGCAGCGCCGGGGCUUCGCACAGGUCGCAGUCCGGCAUGGCAUGGAGCGUCCCGGCGAGCUGCUCAACAGCGGGCUGCUGAGCGGCUACAGUUACCCAAUCACGCGCUUCGAGUUUGUGAAGGGUGAGAUGGUCUGCGAGCUGCAGAACCCGUGGCCCGCUGGCGAGUGGACAGGGCGUUGGGGCCGCGGCAGCUGCGAGCUGAUCCACUGCCAGGACGGGCACGAACUGAGGCCGUCCCCCGGCGCCUGCCGUCCGUUCCGGAUGGGCAUCCAGGACUUCUGCAAACACUUCACUGAUGUGUUCGAGGCGAGGACGGUGCCCGGCUCCUGGCAGUCCGCAGCGGUGACAUGUUCCGCUGAGCGGCCGAGCUACCCGCUGGUGUCGGUCACCUCACCUGCGCAGGCACUGUUCGUCCUGUCGCAACCAGACCGGCGGUUGCUGGCUGGCGAGCCUGGCGCCGACGGCGCGGAGUACCCGAGCGGCAUCGGCCUGCGCGUGUACCGGUGCCGCGUCGUCGCGCCGCCGCCGAACUCCGUGGGCGCCCGGCAGAACGUGUCCAGCCCGUUCGGGAAUCUGGAGCUGCUCGCGGAGAAGCCGAUUACGAAGGCGCGCAGCGUCCUGGUGGAGGUCGCACGCUUGGAGCCGCACUCGUUGUACAUCGCCGUGGCAGUGUCCGAGUUCGGGCUACAGUGCGCGAAGCUCCGUGUACUGACGCAGUGCAAUAUGCGCUUCAGGGAGUUGUCGGCGCCGGAGAGUAGGUACCUCCUGCAGGCAGAGGAGACCGCGGUGGCCGUUGCGGACUCGGACAGCUUUUCCUCGCAGGGCUCGCUGGAGCCGCGCCCGGUCGUCGCCACGCCUUCCCCGGCGAGGCACGGCAUCCCCGUGCGCAAGCUGUCGGACGCGCGGGACGUGGAAGGUUGGCACGGGUGGCUGAAGGAUGAGAUCUCCUCCGAGACGGCGCCGGCUUUCCUGAAGGCGUGCCUCACGACCUGCGGGGGGUGCUGA